CUAACUGGCUGGUAAAUCUAACGGGAGGAAAGAGAAACACUAUAAGAGAUCCCUGGAGCCUGAAUUACAUCAAAGAAAUACAAAUAAGUAAAUCAAAUGGGUGAAGGAAGCUUGAGGAAAAGAAAAGACCAGGACAACAGAAAGGAGGAUGGACAAUCCAUUCAGAGUCAGGAACCCCAAGCAACAAACCUAAAAAAACAGGUGGGCCUGAUUAGUGGAAUCUGUAUGAUCGUUGGUACAAUUAUUGGCUCAGGUAUCUUUGUUUCUCCAAAAUCAGUACUUGCCAAUGUUGGAGCUGUUGGUCCUUGUCUAACCAUCUGGGCAGUCUGUGGAGUUCUGGCAACAUUAGGUGCACUUUGUUUUGCUGAACUUGGUACAAUGAUUGCAAAAUCAGGAGGGGAAUAUCCUUACCUUAUGGAGGCCUUUGGCCCAAUACCAGCAUUUCUGUUUUCUUGGGCAAGUCUGCUUGUCAUAAAACCCAGUUCUUUCGCUAUCAUAUGUCUCAGCUUUGCAGAAUAUGCAUCAGCUCCCUUUUAUCCAGGUUGUGAUCCACCUCCAGUAGUCAUCAAGUGCCUUGCAGCAGCUGCCAUUGUGGUAAUUACAAUAGUGAAUUCACUGAGCGUGAAGCUGGGAAGUUAUCUCCAGAAUUUUCUCACAGCUGCUAAAAUGAUAGUUGUGGCAAUCAUUGCUGUAACUGGGAUCGUUCUCCUCGCACAAGGAAAAACCCAAAACUUUCAAGAUUCUUUCAAGGACAGUAAAAUUUCUGUUAGCUCUAUUGGUUUGGCAUUCUACAAUGGACUCUGGGCAUACGAUGGAUGGAAUCAACUCAAUUACAUCACAGAAGAAUUGAAGAAUCCUUACAGAAACCUACCACUAUCUAUAAUUAUUGGAAUCCCCCUGGUUACUGUUUGUUACGUUUUGAUAAACGUUUCAUAUUUCACCGUAAUGACUUCAACAGAACUCCUGCAGUCCCAGGCAGUUGCUGUGACAUUUGGAGACAGAGUCCUUUAUCCAGCCUCCUGGAUAAUUCCCCUCUUUGUGGCCUUUUCUACAAUUGGAUCUGCCAACGGGGUAUGUUUUACUGCAGGCAGACUUGUUUAUGUAGCAGGCCGUGAAGGGCACAUGCUAGAGGUGCUCUCCUACAUUAGUGUCAAGCGCUUAACACCAGCACCUGCUAUCAUAUUUUAUGGUGCUGUUACUAUUAUUUAUAUUAUCCCUGGUGACAUUAACACACUCAUAAACUAUUUUAGUUUUGCUGUCUGGAUAUUUUAUGGUUUAAGUGUAUUUGCACUUAUUGUUAUGAGGUUUACCAGAAAGGAACUCAAGAGACCAAUCAGGAUACCCAUCAUCAUUCCAGUUAUAGUGACAUUAAUAUCCAUUUUGUUGGUACUGGCACCAAUCAUCACGGCACCUGAACUGGCCUAUUUGUACUGUGUUUUAUUUAUACUAAGUGGACUUAUAUUUUAUGUACUUUUCGUUCAUUUCAAGUUCAAGUGGUCCCAAAAAAUAUCAGAGCCCAUCACUAUGUACCUUCAGAUGCUUUUGGAAGUUGUUCCACCAGAGGAAGUUGCAGAAUAAAAUAUUUUGUAUGUGAUAGAGUGUUUUUAAAUGCUACAUCAGUUGAAGGAGAUUCCAUUUAGUUUGGGGCACACUUUGACUUUCUGAAUUUAUAUGUUCAUACUAGUGUGCAGCCUUUUUGCAAUGCUAUUCUGUAUGUGAAGUACAUUAAAUAUAAGAAUAAAAGAUAUGAAACAUA